AUGCCAACUGUUUGCUUCCCGACGAUUGGCAUGCCUCGUCAACGUAUUCGCGUCGACUGGAAAACUGUUGACGGGGCAUUUAGUAAACCUCGAAGACUUCACUUAGAAAAUGAUAAAGAAGGUCUUUUCCAUUGCCCUGCACCUGGCUGCGAACAUGAUGGUUUCGAGAGUCAACGAGGCUAUCGAAAGCACGUCAAAACAAAACAUCGGUAUAUAUAUUUUGACACGAAGCCCAUAAUUUCUGCCGAAAGCGAACGAAAACCUGAUGUGAAUCAAUCCUGUUCGUCGGGAAGCAAACCAACGCUGCCGUGUUGUGCUACAAAUUCACAAUUGGCACGAUUAUUUUCUUCAUGGCUACAAAGCACGACCGGUGGCGAAAGGCAAGGGAAACAUGCUGAAAUCUCGGUAACUCGAGCAUUUAAAUUCUUGAUUUAAAUUAUGAGAUUAGGGUCAUUGAAAUUAUGAGAUUAGGGUCUUUAAUGACAUUUUCACCAACUUUAAGCUCACUAAUGUAAUUGGAUUUAUUUUUUUCCCUAGCAGAGAAUUUAUUGUAGACCAGCAUUUUUUUAAAUCCUUAGUGUCUGCACAUUCAGAUAUUUUGUUAAUAUAGAAAGUAGAUUGGGUCUCACGUAUUAGUUUAUUAACUUUAUUACGCAAUCUCUUAUAAUUAUGCCAAUGCGAAUCAGAUUUCAGUUUUAUGGCUUUUUUAUUAUGAUAGUCUCUUCUUCUCAUAUCUGACCUUAUUGCCGCUGUCAUCCACGGAGUGGUGUAUUUCCCUGAUCUUAUAUGUCUAAUAGGAGCAUGUUUAUCUAGUGUUCCGAUAAAGAGUUCCUUCCACUUGUUCCAACUCAAGUUUGGAUCGUUUGUUGUGAAAAUGGUUUGCUAAGGAAUAUUGGUUAGGUCGGAUAUAAAUUCUGUUUCAGAAAAGUGUUUAAAAUUACAAACUUUUUUAAUAGUUGGCCUACGUUUAAGUGGUUUGAAUUUGUGAACUGCAUUAGUAUAUUAGGCUGUGAUCUGAUAGACCAACGUGAAUGACGCCAGCAUGAGAUAUUUUUUUCAGGAGCAUUUGUCAGAAUAAGGUCAAUUAUAAUAGCAGACGUUCUCGCAACCCUAGUUGGUUCUUCUAUUAACUGAGCUAUAUUAUAUAAUGUAUUCAUAGUUUGAAAUCUAAUUGUAUGCGCUUCUGGUGAGUGGUGAGGAUUUAGCAACAUCACAGUUUAUAUCUCCUAAUAUAAUUAGUUCUUUGUUUUCAGCAUCACAAUUGAGAAGAAAAAUAUCGUAUGCAUCAAACAGAUCCGUACUUGAAUUAGGUGGUCUAUACCAUGUACUAACUAUAGAAAUAACCUGUUGAAAGGUUGAUUAAGUUCUGUACAGAUCAUUUCUAGUUUAUUUGGAACUAAGUCAUUUCUAACCAAAAUGGAGAAGUGUUAUUGAACAUAUAUUACAACACCACCUCCAUUUCUAUUUCUAUCUCUUCUAACUACUUUAUAACCUGGUAUACUUAUUUUAUAGAGUCAUUUACUAAUGAAUCGAUUCUCGAUUCGCUAAUAGCAAAGACGUGAAAGGAAUACUGUGAUAAAAUAUAACGAAUAUGUUCUAUAUUUUUUAAUAGACUAUUGAUAUCUAGAAUACCAAGUUUCAGACCUUUUAGUUUUCCCAUGCAUUUGAAUUGAUAGGCUACAUCUCCACCAUGCUGUGUCUCGGGUGUUGGGGGGCUGAUAGAGCUAGAGAUGUUAAAAAGUUCCCCAGUUGUAGCAGUUGGCUUGUCUGAAAAUCCUGACCAAACCUUUUGUUUCCUUGCCUUGUUCUUGUUGUAUGGGUGUUCGUUUUAUUGCCUCCUUGAAUAAAUUUAAUUAAAUUGGCAGCUAAAUAGGCAGACACUUUACCGUUUAAGUGGAUCUUGCUACCGUUUAAGGCAGUCCUAUCAAUGUUCUCAUUGUUUAUAAAACCAUAAGUACUAGAAAAUACAUGCAUGCAGAAACCCUCGCCUUGCUGACAAAACCAUUGUAUUUUCCGAACAUGAAGUAUCUAAAGUAGUUGUCAUGGUAACACGAUAAUUUUUUAAGAAUAUUCUUACAAAUGAAAAAUCGCCUAAAAAUAUCACUUUUACAAAAUUAUUAAUUUCCCAACAUAUAUAUGUUAGGUAUGUUAUUAUACGUAAUAUAAGCCUCAAUUAGUAACUAGUAAGGUAAAAUUCAACCACAAACGCAACCUCGUUCCCAGGAUCUUUCUUAGAACGGCGCGAGGCGAAGGAAAGACCCUGGUUUCGGUUGGUCACGUGUCACCCAGAUUCUGGGUGAUAAAUUAAAAUGAUACUAUGAGCAGGGUGGGAGAGGAGCGUGUUUGUCACGUUUGUAACAAUAUUUGCAAUUCUGUGUGAUGAAAUUUAAAUUUGCAACAAGAAAUCGUGAAGCCAGAACUGCAAUUAAAAAUUAAUAUUUAUCGUGAUGUGACUUUCUACUCUAUAAUCUAGUGUCGAGUUACAAUUCAAGCAAGUUGGAUCAGAUUUGAACUUAUAGACUUGCCAAAGAAACCACGCCUGGGCGGCGUGGCAAUAUUAAUUUAAAGCCUACAAGAAAAUUCGUAUCUCUAGACCGACCAAUGUGGUUUAUAUUUAUUUAACUGUUAGUAUUAAAGUAUAUCCUGAUACUCGAACCAAAAGAAUAUAUUUAUUGAUGAGAUGUGGAAUUGGAACGAAAUAGCGAGAUCUUUUGAUUUCCGAAAUAUCGCUAAACGGCCAAGACGCCAACUGUAUCGAGAUUGUUGAUUAUAAAAGGCCUUAUCACAAAACUUAAAUCCCGUCAAAAGACUAUAAAAUUUCCUGCAAGAUCUCAACGACAUGGUAUAUAUGUCAAAGUCCAGCCGUCUGUUGAAAAUCGACGGUAUUACAGUAAAGUCAUACAUCAAAGAUCAGUCAAACGACAAUAUAUUUGUCUUACUGCAUGUUUACUAUUGUGUUUAUACCACAUUUAUAAAUUUUAUAAACAGCUUUCGUUUUGACACAAGCUUUAAUUUUCUGCUUUACAUAUAUUCUUAAUAAUACAAGUGAGAUUUAAAUUUUUUGCUUUGUGAAAUAGAAUACCGUUAUUUUUUAAUGGACAUCUUGUAUCGUCUCUAUCAUAUCCAGGAUUGCUUGUGUGUAAAUAGCCUACAUGCAUGUAUCACAUAUAUGCCACUAUCAAAUAAAUAUAGAAAUAUAAAUGAACUUAUUGAACUAGAAAUAAACAGAUGAUUGUGACACAAUGAAAACUGUUAGUAGCCUUAGUAGAAGUAGAAAACUCGAAAAUUUAUGUGUAUUCGUAUGGCAGUCUGUGCGCGUCUGACACUGUACUGACACUGUAAAUUUGUGAUGUAGAUAAUUUAUAGCCUAGUUGUGUGCAUAUUAGGAAAAUAUUAUCUGACCAAGAAAAAGGCUAAAGCCUUACAAUAAUUAGUGAAUACAAAUUAUGUACUAAAUCCAAAAUUUUAAAGAUAAAUCACUGACAGACAUUUCUCUGUUUGGCUAGUAUCAAAUGUUUACAUUUGCUGAUAUUGGGCUCUACUCUCUAGUCCUAGACAAUACAAUUAUACAAUACUGUUUCUUUUAAAAAUCUUAUAAACAAGACGUACAAAGCAUAGCAACGUUUACAAAAACGGACAAAUCUAAUACGUGUUUUAAAAACAUUAGAUAUGUAGAAAUGGUGACCACUGAAAAGCCCAUAAACGUUUGUUAUAAAACCGCGCUCGAGUGUGAAGAGAGCAUUGAAUAAUAAUAACACGAGAGAGCACUGCGAGUAACGAUUUGCUUGGUUUCUUGACUUGACUGUUGGUAAAAAUGUAAGAAUGUUCUUGUAAAUUCAAAGCAAAUAAAAUAAACAAAAAUUAGCAAGUAUUUUGAACUUACUAGUAUAAUAGUUCGCAAAAUUUAUGUUUUUAACUGCUUGUAAUUUGAUACUUUCACCACACCCCCCUCGGGCAAUCAAUUUUGGACGAGGCACGUGACCAGCCGAUACCAGGGUCUUUCCUAAAGACCCUGGAAACGAGGUUGACACAAACGCUUCGCAAAACGUUUUAAAGUCACUAGUGUUUUUUAUAAAAGGCAUAAAACUAAUCUGCGCCUUUUAAAAACUUUGAGUUUGCAAUAAAAUGAUUUCAAAUUCUCGCUUGCAAAUAACUUUGCUUUUUUUUAUUUAAAAAAUUCAAUAUCAUAAAGAAGGGAAUCAAGAUUAAAAUACACUGAAAUUAUAUGCUGCCUUGUUUGGUUGUUUCAUAUACGCAAAGGCCGUCGGGUUUUAAAUUUAAAGCCAUUAUAAAAUCAAUAUUUUAAACAAACUUACCUUCGUUAACGUCGGCUCCCUUCUUUUAGCCAAUUCUUUCGCUGUUUCUUUCUGAAAGAGCUUUUGAAAUUUACAAAAUCUGUCAAAAAUGCGAGCAAAAAUGAAAUAUAUUUGCAAGAAAUUUAUCAAUCAUCAAAUCAAGAAAUGUUUGCUAUUUCGCUGUCGUCAUGCAGUCGUUAUAAUGCAAACUUUAAAUUGGACCAAUCAGUGUCCGCUAUUCAUGACAGUCCGCCAUAUUAUUGAGAUCAGUGAGGAUGACCACCCACCGAAACAUCGUUGGUGAGCCACGCCCGCGAUAUUUGAUGAACUUUAGACUUCGCUAAUGCUUUCGUUUCCACGGGUGUAAAUAGCCGGGGGGAAUUAGUACCCUCUCACGGCGCUUCGCGCCGUCGUCUCGGGGACAAAAACAACCUCAUUAAUAUUAAUACCAAGAAGCAUUAAAAUAGGAAAAUUAUACCAAUAAAGCAACAAAUGAUGUAUUGAUAUCUGUACUAAAAUUGGGUAGAGGGAAUUGAUCUCUUGAUAUCAUAAUGUUGAAAAUUUUCAAUAAUUACUAAUUACAUUGAAACGUUUAACAUUUCGACUUAUUGUAUAGUUAUAGUAGAAUCAAUCAUUCAAUGAUAGAAAAAUACUUACAUCCACAGUUACUAAGUUCAUUGGAACAAACGUUUGAAUACUUGAUUUUUUCUGUGUUAGUGUACGUUUGAAUACUUGUGUAUAAGAUGCCCAGAAUCCAAAUACGAUUUGAAAAUGACAGUUGACAUUGAUAUUGAAUGAAUAUUUACCCCAUUGAAUAACGUUUCGUUUUAAUGUUUUCUGUGAACCAUUAUUAGUUAUUUUUAACCAUAUGUUAAGAAAUAUAUACACGUGCAAAAGUAAUCAAUAUUUAUUAAAUAUUAAAACGCCUUUUGAGUUUGUUCUUUUUGAAUAACUAGUUCGCUUGCAUAUACGCGCCUAAUCUUUAAGUAGUUCGCUGCAACAUUAUCUGGAGAUAACCUGCAUCAUUAUUUUAUAUUAGGAAUGGGAGGGACAGCAGUAUAUUAGCAAAACCAUGAAAAAUAUAAAGGACGCUGCCUUUUGUUACCAAGGCAACCAAGCUAAAAAAUAUAGUGAGGUGGUUUAAAACAGCUCCUAAGGGAGCAAUUUUUUAAUUCAAACAAAUACAUACUUUCACAAGAUCAAUUACAUGCCACAGUAACUAAUUAGCUCAAAAAAUGAAAAUCCAUUUUUUCAAGUGGUUUAGGUGUACCCCCGUUAACUAUACGUUUUCAACCAAAUUAGGUUCAGAUAUGGGGAACUUUUUUCAUGCUUUGUUAAAAUCACAAUUGGUGGUUGCAAUUGACCAUUUGCGUAAUAAACUAAAUUUUGAACUAAACAAGUCUAGACAACAAUUUCAUCACAGCUUGAAGGAGCAUCACAAAGUUUCGUUGCAAAAUGUGGUAAAAUGCGGAAAAUAUAGCCUUGCGAAAUUUGCAAUUUUCAGUCAUUUUAGAUUACAAACGGGAAAUUGACAGCCCCAAACCCUUCGAGGCUGUCAAUUUCCGGUUUGUAAUCUAAAAUGACUGAAAAUUGCAAAUUUCGCAAAGCUAUAUUUUCCGCAUUUUACAACAUUUUGUAACGAAACUUUGGAAUAUUACUAAUUUUGUGAUGCUCUUUCAAGCUGUAAUGAAAUUUUUGUUGAGAUAAAAAUUUAGUCUAUUACGCAAAUGGUCAAUUAAUAUUGGCAGAAUUCUUAUAUUGAAGGCUUUAGUAAACUGACACCAUAGUUAAACUAGUUUGGCUUUGCUAAAGAAACCUGCUCCAGUCGCGGAUAUUUAGAAAAAUACACACAUUUGAAUAGCGAAUUUGUAGAUUGUUAGGAAGUAUCCAUUGCAACAAAUUGCUGUCCUGGAAUCUUCCCGCUCAAAUAAAAUGGUACUUUUUUUAUUAUUGGACAAAUUUGGCAUUUCAUGGGUUAUAUCUUUUUUCUUUGUUAAUUAAUAAUCUAUUUUCAGAGCGUUAAGGUCACCAUUCACCAUUUCCUUUUUCUCCAGUAUUGUUUCACAGAGAUCUUGGGAAAAUUUCCCUAAACUGAUUGGUUAUCUGGAAUUAAUGACCCAAUAAAUUCCAAACAGAUGCAAAGUACCUGUAUAUAUGUGGUUCAGUUCAAUAUAUCGUAUCUUGUUUUAGACAAAUAUUGCAUUAUAUGGCAUUGGAGUGGACGAUGCGUCAUUUGAGAAAAGUGAUUAUGGCACUGUCUUUACACUCGCCCAAAGAUAUGUUGAUUUUAUCCAAAAAAUCCAGCCACGUGGUCCAUAUUACCUCGGUAAGUAAUUUCACAAAAUUAUUUUUACACACGUCAUAAUUGGUCACAGAUUUGCUACAAAAUUGUUACACUGAAUAUGAUGAUAUCAGUUGAUGGAAAUUAAUGUUGCCUACUUGUGAGCAAGUUAUCGAAGGCUUCAUGAAACCUUGUCAGAAGGUUGAUGACUCAACUUGUUGUCGUCGAACAUUUCAAUAUGUCUGAUCAGGCGUACAGAAUCAAAUUGUUCAACAAGGCAACAAUCUAAUAAUUCUCUUAAACUGCGAGAAAAUUGCUGUUCUUAAUUUCAUAAUAAUUAAUAAAAACAAAAAUACAUCAAUUGGAGAUCUUGUCUAGGUUUUGUGCAGUCUUUGUUCAUCAUUGUAUUUUAAACCAACUAACCAACCAAUAACAAUGUUUAGGUUUUCAUAGCUAGGUUAAAAAUUACCAUUGAUUGAUUGAUUGAGCGGAAAUGCAUAGGGAUGGGGUGACGUCGAUGAAUUAAGACAGGCUAGAAUACUACGUAAUUAAUUCCAUCAAGUGGCCAAACAUGUAUUCUAUGAACUGUGACGUCUAUAUACAGUAUGUACACAUACGUAUGUUAGCAAAAUUCGUUAUCUAUUCCUAAUUUCUUAGCAAUUAUGUAUACAGUGUGGAGAAUCUGAAAUAGAUUUUCCUUGAUCAUCGUCAUCUUUUAUUAUUAUUACAAUAUUGCCUGCUCCCAAAAGGGCUUUUCAGCAGGUAAUUACAAAUCAUUUAUAUACUACAAACAAUAUAUAUAUACACCCACAAACAUACGGACAUACAUACAAACACAAAUUAAAAAUUUUAUAAUUAUUAGUAAUGUUACUUUAAAAAUGAUUAACUACUUCCUAAUAAAAUCCAUACAGUAAAAACGUUUAUAUGCUAAUUUAAACAAGUCCAAAUUGUCUAAAACUAUUAACUACUUUCUAAAAAUCCAUGCAAUAAAUGACGUUUAUAUUCUAUUUUAAACCGGUCCAAAGUGUCAAUGUCUUUAAUAUGAUUUGGGAGCUCAUUCCAAAUAGACACUGCGCGAUAAUGAAACGUUCGCUGUCCAGAAGCCGAAUUAUACAGUGGAAUCAUAUCCAAUGGAAUCAUUAACAAUUAGACAAUGAGGCCGAGUUGUCUAUGAGCGAAUAGUCAACGAGGCGAAGCCGAGUUGACUAUUUGCUCAUAGACAACGAGGCCGAGUUGUCUAAUUGUUUUAGUAUAAACUUUAACAUUAAUUUACAACUAGGCUGCAAACACAAUACAAAAAUACAAAAAAACAACAAUAUAAAACCAUUAGGGGUAAACAAAUAUUUUAGUUUUUGUUCGCGUAAAAUGUUUUACAAAAUUCAGUUUUAAUUUUAAAAUUUCAUUGAGUGUAUGUUAUUUUGUCUAUUUUCUUACCCUUAAAAAUUGCCAUUCCAUAUUUUUGUUGCUUUUUUCGGGCUUUUUUAGUACAGAAUUGUUCAACAAGUCAUCCAAAAAAUCAUCAGACACUUCGGCAAAAGUGCAAAACGCGAAUUUUCCGCCAUUUUGAAUUUUCUAUUAGUAGGCUAUCACUAAUAGCCUACUAGUAGCGUAGCCAAUCAGAAGCCACGAUAUGUGAUAGCCUACUAGUAGGUUUAUACUAAUAUCCAUUAGUAUAAACCUACUAGUAGGCUAUCAUGUAUCGUGCGUUCUGAUUGGCUACGCUACUAGUAGGCUAUUAGUGAUAGCCUACUAGUAGCAACAGCGGCGAAGGGCACGAGAGUCAAUGGCCGUUUUUAAGCAUUAAAAGCUGUAUUUAAAGGGAAAAAGCUUAUCAAAAUGGCCUAAUUUUGGUUCUGGAUUACACACAAACAAAGACUCUUGGAAACUGCUGACACAUGCGGUAAAAAUUUUAAGUUUUCUCAACUUUGCUCGUAGUUUUGAACAUGAAAGUGACAGGCGAUUUUUUAAAUGUGCAGAAUGUUUGUUAAUAUUCCAAGCAGAAUCGUUGAAAUUCAACAAUACUUUGUAGUUAUUUACCCCUAUUUUCUCAACCUCUUUAGUGUGUGCUUGUUUUAAGUACGAGUUCAUGUAUUUAGCUGUCAUUUUAAAGAGUUUUUUUCGUUUAAAUGUUGAGAUUUUGGCCGAGUUUGUUUUUCGUCUUUUUCGAGCCUUUUUAAGUCGAGUUUUUCGAUUAAAUUUUAAUCUAAACUAUAUUGUCUAUGUAUACUAGAUUAUGGAAAUAGUUUGCCUCUUUAUGUUCCAGAUAUGUUAAAGAUUUCAAAGACAUUCGGAUAAUCGGAUUCUUUUGCAUGUGUGUGCAUUUUUAUUCGGCUUUUUAACAACGUAAACUUUAUUUACUAAUUUAAUAAAAUUUCGGGAAGCCAUUUUGUGUUCGAAAUUUUGGAUUUUUUAAGCCUUGUUUCCUUCUUUUAAAUAAGUUUUAAUUAACCAAACUUUGCUUCUAUAACGGUCUCUUACUAUUAUACUGUUUUAUGACAUGUUUUUUAAUUAACUUUUUAAAAACUCACAAGUUGUAUUUUUCAAGUCAUUCUUGCAUGGGAGUUCGCAACGCUUAGUAGUUGUCAACAAAGCCAAGACGAAAUGUCGCCAAAGCCAAGGAAGCCAUUUAAACGCUCAUUUCGUUAAAACGUUAUUAUUUUACAUAAAAAUCAAGUGAAAAAUUCCGUUUUCUUUAUGUGGUUUAUACUAAAACAAUUAGACAACUCAGCCUCGUUGUCUCUGAACGAAUAGUCAACUCGGCUUCGCCUCGUUGACUAUUCGCUCAUAGACAACUCGGCUUCGUUGUUUGAUUGUUAAUUAUACAGUGGAAUCAAUAAAUAGAUCAAAUAUACAUUCAGUCGUCGUAACAAUAGUCUGAUAUUUUUAUAGCGGGUUAUUCCUUUGGCGGCACGGUAGCCUACGAAAUGGCAAGUGAGUUAAAAAGAGAAUAUAAUGAAACAGUCGCGAUGGUGUUCAUGGUGGAUACUCUCCCGUGGUUUCCCAAAGCCUUGACAAACUGUACUGAAUACCAUAGAAAGUGCGGAGAAGAGAAAUUGAAGUCAAUGGGAAAGCUUGUGGUAAAUAUAUUGUUACCUGUUAAACUUUUGCAUUACGAGUAUGGUGGACGAGAACUGCCAGUACUUUUUUCGUAUUAUUUAUUAGGAAAUGUUUUAGAAAUAAAUAUUUUUUAAAAACCAUUUUAGAAACACAAAAUGAAAGUUAAGUGAAAUGAAAGUUAAAUAAAAAAUAUAUAUAUAAAUUUAAAGUAAAAUAAAAAUCAUUUUCUUUAUCGACCGAGCGCUGGCACUACCAUGAUUCUUUGCGAACCUAAUAAUCGUAUUCUUAUAUACUUCAUGUCAGCUGCCAUAUAGUGGUUCACGGGAAAUUAAAGAUGGGCGACACCAUGAACGCAAACUACACGAUGAUUGUUUCAAAACAGCAUUGCAAAAUAUGUUAAGCAAAGCCUUAAAGGUCUGAACUUUUAGAUCUUAAUACGGAACAUGGAUUCCUCGAAAUUCUGCGAGCAUCCGUAGCCUCGACAGAUGCUUCGAGAUUUUAUAUGAAAUAAAUAUUUGUUGAGGUCGAAGACUGACAGUCUCACUCUGUGUUGAUGGGUCGAAGAUGUAAAUAUUGUGAAGCCUCGGAAAGGAACUUAAAGGUCGUGGAAAGCUGCUUCGCUACAGCGUACAGGGGAUAUGUAUACAAAGAUUCGUCGAGAACACAAUCCAAAUGUAACCCGUAAUCAAGUUAAUAACGUUAUAAAUAUUUAUCAUCUUUGUAUGCCUUAUUAAAAAUCCUGAAGUCCUUGAAAUUUUGAAAAUCACGGUGAUGUUGGGAAAAAAAUAUGCGCCGUAUUAAAAGGUAACUUUACAACAAAGGGAUCCUACUGGGUCCACCCUUGGGAGUUAGGUAGUCACGACAAGUUAAUAGGAUAACAGAAUUCUACCUUUGCAACAGUGUACGGUUGUAUCAGACUACAGAGUUGGGCAGUUUUGGACGAGAUCUUGGGUGCAGAAAAGUUGAAAAUCUAAGGCGGGUGAGCAAAACAGUUCCCAAGUGUGCAUACUGAUUUAAAAAAGAAUCAAAGCCACAAAAAUAGUCAAAUAGAUGUUGAAAACAACUGAAAUUUGAGGGCAGAUUAAGGAGGCUCCCUACAGUUUCCAAUAUAUAUGUGUUUUAAUCUAAAAACUAUUUGAAGCUAUUUGAAUUUGCACAAGCCGUUUUUGAGAGUUAUUUGAAGUUCGCCAGUAUAGUUUUCGAGAAACUGAAUUUCAACAUUUAAAGUGGCACUAUCAUUAAUUUUUUUUUCAUAAUCCAGAAAUAUAACGUAUGCUUGAUAUUCUUACCAAAUUUCAAGGCUUUUCCAAUUUCAAAUUCGUUCAUCUUCCUGACUUUUUUACGAUUCUUAUCUGCCAAUUUUACGGCCGCCAUUAAACGCAGCCAAUUAAGCGAGAAGGCGUUUUGAAGAGGAUGUGACGUCAUUCACUCAACACGCCGAAUGUUUUUAUUGUAUUUCACUACCAUUUCAACAGUACAUGUCUUCGUACAAAGGAUAGUCAGAAACUUCAGAAAAUGAACACUCGCAUGGGGACAAAACGAGCUGUGAUAAAGAAACGUACUGUGACUCACAUUCAAGUGAAAAUAACGAUGAAAAGAAGAAAUCAAACCUAGAAAAGUUAAGAUUUGUUGACAAUAUAUGGUUAUCUUGUUUGUUGUUGAAAACAUAACCUUUGGCACAAACUUACUUUUGAAGUUGAAAAGGAUAAUUUUCAUCACUCGUUCAAAGUUUGCCUUUAGCAUCACUUUAUACUUCUUUAAUAUACAUCACAGCAACUUGUCAUGAUAGUUUCUCACCUACACAAAACAUAAGCAGCAAUGGCCGAUGGAAGGAAAACCUCCAUCGUACUGCGUAUGAUAAUAAACUUUCGGUCAAUCAAAAUACGAACAAAAAUUCAAACAAAUGCCAUGUAAUUUAUAGCUAUAAAUAAUAUUUCAAUGCAUGUGUGUCUAAUAACUGUCUAUCGGUCUAAUUAUGACUAUGUUUAACGACUAUAAAUUAAUAAACUGACAUGCCCUAGCUCAGGGAAUUUUAUCGUGCAUGCAAGUGUAAAAUAUCCUACGACUCUACGCGCGUUUUCGUUUGCCGUAUUAAAGAUUCAUUGUAGGCCGGCUAGUAUUGUAUAGCAAACUAUAUACAGUAUAAAAAGGUCACACGCGACGGGGAUAAAUACAAUAGUUGAUUUUACAACUUGCAUUUGAAAAGUAGAUGUGUAAUUUUCAACUUGCACGGCGCCCAUUGCCGUUGGCAUUGAAGGUCUAUAAAAGUAUGUAAAACAAAUAUUGUCUUAUAUUGAACAUUUGAACUGAUUUGAAGCAUUGUUAAUUCAGCAUAUUAAUUCUGUGAUUCGGUCCAGAGACAUUUAUAUCCGUUCUAUUUAUAAAAAUUAUCCGAUUCAAAUGCAAUUAGUUGUAAAAUCUGAAAUCAACUUAUUGUAAAUAAUAUGCAAUAAUAUUUCGUACAGUAUAAUAUCAGUACCUCGAUAUAUACCGCGUUUAUACGUGUCCCAGGGCAAGCGAAAACGCAGAUAAAGUCAUAGGAUAUUUACUUGUGCUAUAAAAUCUCCAAGUGCACUAAAUUCCCUGAGUGUCAGUUUAAUUUACAGUCGUUAAAAAUACAGAAAUACACCAAUAGACACAAAAUUAUGCAUUGAAAUCAUCUGUUUUAGCUAUAACUUACAUUUAUUGUCAACUUUUCUAGGUUUGAUUUCUUCUUUUCAACACUAUUUUCACUUCAAUGUGAGUCACUGAGUCACCGUACGUUUCUUCAUCACAGCUCGCUUUGUUCCCAUGCGAGUGUUCAUUUUCUGAAGUUUCUGACUCUCCUUUGUACGAAGACAUUGUUGAAAUAGUCGUGAAAUACAAUAAGAACAUUCGGCGUGUUGAGUGAAUGACGUCACAUCCUCUUCAAUACGCCUUCUCGCUUAAUUGGCUGCGUUUAAUGGCAGCCGUAAAAUUGGCAAAUAAGAAUCGAAAAAGUCAGGAAGAUGAACAAAUUUAGCCUUGAAAUUUGGUAAGAAUAUCAAGCAUACGUUAUUUUUCUGAAAAAAAAAUUUUAAUGAUAGUGCCACUUUAAAGAUUGCAUUUUGCCUUUAGAAAGGCUAAAAUUCAGUUUCUCGAAAACUAACUGGCGAUUUUCAAAUAACUUUCAAAAAAGAUUCAAAACUUCAUAACAAUUUAUUUUUUGCAAUAAAAAAGGUAGGUCACCGUGGUUAUUUGUCCGUUAAGACAGCUUUUUUGGUUAAUAUAUGCCAUAUAAAUGGUGACGUCGUGUUGUCAUGGUCACGUGACGAGAAGCGAUUGUGGGUUAAAAUUACUCUUUUAUAUAAGAGGAAACAAUGGCUUGGGCAAGGGUGGACCCAGUAGGAUCCCUUUGUUGUAAAAUUGUCUUUUAAGGUGACUGCUACACUUUUUUAAAAAUUACAGAUUUUCUGAUUUGGACAUGAAUUUCUGGAGAAUUAUUACUUUCUUUUUUUUAUUUCACAUUUUCCUAUCUUGAAAAAUUUCGGCAUGACAGAAUUUUUUUAAAAUCUUGAAAAUAAUUUAAAAUAUCAAAUAUCAAUAGAAAUCAUUUUAUGAAAUAAAAAAUGGGGGCCACCGAAGUUUUUUUUCGAGUUAAAUUACUUUAAUAAAAAUAAAAGAUCCGCCAUGUUGUGACGACAUUGUUGCCAUAGCAACGGCUGUGAGGAGUAGCUUCUUAAAAAUUCCGAACUCUUCAGUUAUUGUGUUAUGCCUGUCAGAUACUCUUCGUUUUUAAACAAGUAAUAAUUGUCCAGAAAAUCAUAUCCAAAUCCGAAAAUCUAAAAUUUAAAAAAGUGUAGGGAGCCACCUUAAUACGGCGCAUAUUAAUCCCCAACACCACGGUGAUUUUCCAAAUUUCAAGGCCUUCAGGAUUUUGGAAUAACUAUAGAAUCACCCGCCAACAGGAAUCCUUUUAAAAAGGUCCAUACGCUUACAUACCCACACGACCUUACACGAUAUGCGCCUGCUGUGCAGGCCUACGUAUCUACAGGCCUACACGCCUAUGGUGACUACAUGCCUACGCGCCUACAUGCCUACGGGCCUACAGACCUACGAUGCCAGCCGAUCCGCACGUUGUAACCCUAACCCCAACCCUAACCCUAAGUACAAUCAUGAUCCUUCAACUCAAACUAGUCAAAGUGUGUAACAGGAAUUUAGUAUGCUAGUAUAAUUCAGUAUUUCAAGUGUCAAUUAAUUAUUUAGUUAAUUUUACAUUCACAUUCAAGUUUGUACUAUGUUAUAUUUACGUGAAGCUGGUUGAUAAAAAAUAGUAAAACCCAAUGGAAUAUAGAAAAACUGUCUUAAUAUAACGGAGACCUAUAUUGACGUAUUGUCGCAGUAAGAUAUGAAUGCCUAGGCACUUUGCUAAACCCACGAGAUCACGUAGCCCAUAUGUUCUCAACAACCCCGCGUAGGUGCGUAGGCAGACUCUAAUUCAAUACUUAACCUUGCGGUGUAUUCUAUAGUUGUACCGGAUUUUUUAAUAAGGCAUACAAUGAUGAUAAAUAUUUAUAACGUUAUUAACUUAAUUACGGGGUACAUUUGGAUUGUGUUCUCGACGAAUCUUUGUAUACAUAUCCCCUGUAGGCUGUAGCGAAGCAGCUUUCCACGAUCUUUAAAUUCCUUUCCGAGCCAUCACAAUGAUUACAUCUUCAACCCAUCAACACAGAGUGAGACUCAGUCUUCGACGUCAACUGACAAAUAUUUAUUUCAUAUAAAAUCUCGAAGCGUCUGUCGAGGCUACGGAUGCUCGCAGAAUUUCGAGGAAGCCAUGUUCCGUAUUAAGAUCUAAAUGUUCAGACCUUUAAGGCUUUGCUUAACAUAUUUUUUAAUGCUGUUUUGAAACAAUCAUCGUGUAGUUUGCGUUCAUGGUGUCGCCCAUCUUUAAUUUCCCGUGAACCACUAUAUGGCAGCUGACAUGAAGUAUAUAAGAAUACGAUUAUUAGGUUUGCAAAGAAUUAUGGUAGUGGCAGCGCUCGGCCGAUAAAGAAAAUGAUUUUUAUUUUAUUUUAAAUUUGCUUUACUUUAAAUUUAUAUUUUCUUUUUAUUUAACUUUCAUUUAAUUUCUAAUUUCAAUUUAAAUUUGUUGUAUUUUUAAAAUGAUUUUUAAAAAAUAUUUAUUUAAUUUCUAAAAAAACUCCUAUUAAUAAAAAUACGAAAAAACUAUUGGCAGUUCUCGGCCACCAUACACGAUUAUGUCACUCAAAAGGACCAAUUUCUAUUAACGAGUCUUCCUUUUAACAAAAGACAUGACAUAUAUGCGUGUUGGAUGUAAACAACAUAUCUUGUCUACAACUUUGAGAAGGUACAGAUAAUUCUUUCUAAAAUCAUUAGUUCUGGAUCUGUCUCAAUAAAAUCACAAGGACGUUAAUGUUAAGUCUUUGGGCUAUGUCUCUGGGCUGAGAAAUAAUUCCUUACACAUGCGAUCAAAAUGUUUUAUACAAAGAUGUAAAACGGUAAUCUAGCUAUAUGUGUAAUGGAUCAGCAUUUAAAUUUCCAACACUGUUUCCGAGACGUAAUUCAAGAGAUAACUUAUCAUUGCAUUUGAACUAUUACAUCAGUUGGUGUUAUGCUGUGCGAUAAGCGAAUAUUAUUGGAAAGAGGGCUUCCAUAUACGUUGAAAUUACCAAAUAAACACAGUGGCGUAACCGAAGAACAGGGGGCCCUUAGGCAUAUUUGGUGUGGGGGCCCCCUGUUGACUGUUGUCAUUGUUUGACUCAUGAGAUAUAUUUUUAUAUUGAGUAUUUAUAGAAUGUAGUCUGGAAAAUUCCAUGUCUAUAGCAAUAACAGUCUCCAACACAUGUAACAGCUAAUAAGAAUAACAUUUGUUUUAGCGAAACAUGAUUGAUAUACCUGGUUGCAGUGAACGAACAAACUUUAUAACAUUUGUUUUAGUUGAGAUGGAAUAAAAAAAUCAGCUACCGUUGUCGAUGGAGGUUUAAUUCUUUAGCAUUACUAAUUUUGCAUUUUCCCAUUGAUUCUUAACCUGCAUUUUUUACAUUUUCUAAUUUUCUGGGCGAUAGGCCGUGGGUGAUGGGGCCCCUAACUGUCGGGGGCUUUUAGUUUUGGAACUAACCCUACCCAAUGAGCGCUACGCCACUGAAUAAACAGCGCUAUAUGCACACAUUUCUCCACUUCGUUGUAAGUUUACAGAGCAUAUUUUAUACUUUGGGACUGAUUUUUGUUUUUGAUGUGAACAUUUAUUCUUAUAGUUUAAGGUUAUUUAAGACUGAUGCUGUCGUAAGUGUUUUAGCGGCAAACAAUCGACAAUAUUUCAUUUUAGCGUUGUCUUUGCCGUUACGUUGGCUUCGCGUUCCUUUUGUUUUAAAUAUCUAAUUGAUUGCGUUAAAAAAAAUAUUUUUCAGGCCAUUCUGUACUUUCUCAAAGUUGUAGACAAGAUAUGUUGUUUACGUUCACCACGCAUAAGAUUACAUAACUCAAACUGAUUCAAGCAAAACCGGUCUUUUGUUAAAAAGAAGACUGGUUAAUAGAAAUUGGUCCUUUUUAGUGACAUAGUCGUGUAUCGUCAUCAAUCCGAGACGUUGAACAAUGAAACAAUUUGCUGUGAAAUUAGUGAAGACAAAAUAGCAGUUUGUCGGAAAACUGCGGGUCUACGGAGCGGGAACUUUUCUGAUUUGAACUCAGCGUGCUUGAAAGUGUUAGUUCCCGUAAAAAUAUUUCAAAUCUAAGACAUGCUAAAUCAAAAUCGUUUUCUAGGCACUUAUCGAGGUCACAACACACGGACUACAAAUGCCCUUGACAUACAUGCAAUAUAAGACAUCAAUAGACAGUCCAAUUACACUUAUAACCCAGUGGGGUUUUUCCAUAAGAGGCCUGGACACUAAGCUUUAUUGACUUGUUGUUAUUUAGUGAGUUCUCACAUGAGAAUGACGAAAAGCUAUAAACAACAACAAGUCAAUAAAGCUGAGUGACCUGGUCCCUUACGGUGAGAAUCCACUGGGUUAUAAAUGUAACUGAAUUGUCUGUUGAUGUCUUAUAUAUUACGCGGUAGAAAGUUUGUUUAUGAGGCAAUGUGCUUAUCUGUGAAUGUUCAUUCUCAGAUGUAAACGACGGUACAUAAGCCUGGAUAGAUAUAUUUGUAUUUGUGUUUAAUAAUAAACAUGUCGUUAUAUUUUUCAUUUGCAGACAAGGCAAGUGAUUGAGAAAAUGGCUUUUGUUAGACUUGGUGUAACACGAAAUGAAGUGGAUAAUUUGUACGAGAAUUUAGGAGAGAACAAAGAAGUGAUAACUGCUUUGGAGAAUCAAGCUGCUGAAAAGAACCUGAAUUUUCCUUUAAAAGAACAGGUUGACACUGUUUUAUACGAGCUAAAAUCCGCUGCCAAAGCACACAAUGAUUGGCAACCUUCUAAGGUACUGAAUAGCUUACAUGUUUCACUUCUAAUAUUGAACAGACAAACCUUGCGGAUUACAACUCUAAUAACAUACUGUACAUAAUUAACAACUCGAUUCUUAUUGGCUAGGAGUGCAAAAACAGAAAUGCGGUGAAAGAAAUCUUUUAUUUGCGUGCAUUCGCCACACGUAUAAAGAUCAUGUAAAGCAAAGACACGGUUUUCUUUUAUAAAGCUAAAGAGACGACUGAGGAAGAGUCAGGCUCUGUUCGUCAUACACUUAAAAUCAGCUGAGAUCAGUGAGAAGACCACCCAUACACCAUGACGACACUGACACUUGUGAAACAUAGUUCCGUGCCUGCGAUCAUUGGUAAAAGUUUGAAUCCGCUUGCUGACAGUUGCGGUCUUUUUUUCUGGGUGUAAAUAGCCGAUCGAAAUUAGAACGUUCGCCCCAGCUAAGGGAAUAUGUUUUACUUUAUCAAAUAUUUCUCCUAUUGUCUGCAUAUUUUCUGCUUUAACACUGGACUGGUCACAGUUCGGAUCGAGAUCAGUUGACCGAGCUUACUGUAUAUGACUAUCAGCGAUAAAGUUCAGGUUUUGAGAAAAAAUGAAAUGCCGGCUUUGGCUAUUAAAGUAAGUUUCCACAAAUUGCGAAAAUACGCAAGCUAGCCUCCGAGAAAUUUAACACGUGUGAAAAUGAACAAGUGUGAAAAGUUGUAUCUUGAAGAAUCAUAAAACAGUUUAUUCAUAUUUCUCAACAGAUAUAUUAUGAAGAAACAAUAACAUACGUAUGCUCUGAUGAGACCCACUUGUUUUCGCUAUGGAAACCUGAUAUCUGGAAGUCGUUAGUUGAAAGAAUGGAAUUUCUCUUUGUUUCCGGAAAUCAUAUAGAACUGCGUGACGAGACUCGUGGCAAGAUUUGCGGAUCCAUGAUGAUGACAACAGCAGCAAUGAAGUAUCAGUCAGCAUUUUCAACAUUUAAUCUCCAGGCGGUGAGAUCAAGGCCUCAAGAACGGUUGGUGGAGUCUCUCAAGCAAGGAUUGGCCAUCUGGAUGUUAUCAAGUCCAAGUAUAAAAGAAAUAUUGCUAUUAUUGCAAAUAAAUAAGUGUCAUAUCACUGUACUACUGUCGGUGGGGCUUAGAUGGCGCAGUCGUCAGUACAAUGACCAUUCACGUCUGAGGUCGUGGGCAUAGGCGUAUCGACCGGGGAGGAACGGGGGGGGGCACAUGCCCCCCCCCCAUAUUUUUACGGUCGGGCAAUUGAGCAGAAAUCCAUGUGUCAUUCGGGCAAAACAUAUAACUCUCAUCAAAGUUGAUAAGAAUGAAUGAUUAAAUAUAAUAACGCUAAUAUUAAUUGCUUUUAUACUUUGCCAUAUAUGAAGAACACCUGUGUGUGAAUGAUGAUGGCUUACGGCAAAGAUUAUGAAGAUUGCAGAAACAUUGAGCAUUGUUCUUAGUUUUUGUCUUUGUGUUUCUAGACAUUUCGGUUAAACUUCUGCUAAAGCAGCCUAAACACAAUAAUACUCAUUUGUUUAUACCCCCCCCCCCCGAAAAGGCCCUUUCUCCUAAAUUUAUACAAACAAACCAGCGAAGAAUAACAAAUAGAUAAACGGAAAGUAAGUUUUAGGCUUUAUCCUUUGUCCUUGUUUAACAAAAUCGAUUUAAAUUGUUGCGUUUUUUCACCACUAAGUAUAAGAUAAAUUAUUGUUAAUAAUUUAUUUAUUUCUUGUGCGUUUUUUCCUUCGUUUAUUUCAAAUACAAGUAUAGUUAGCAUAAAUUUUAGAGCAAAUUUGGAUGCUCAGAAUGCAGGAAAUUGCAUUUUCGAGCUUCAAAUUUAAAAGAUUAGACCCGUACGCCGAUGACUCCUGUGGAACGGAAACCUUGGCCGCGCAAACAGUUGUAAUAGUUGUCGCAUUUGAAAUAUGAUGUAAUAUAUUUAAACCCAUUUCCCCAAGUUUGGAACUAAUCUUUUGUAGUCUUAGUAAGUAGUUAUGAAGUGAAUCUCUGUAUUCAAAAUGCUAAGUAAACCCCUUCCCGUCCCGAAAUUUAUUUGUUGACGGUCCCUAUGUCCUUGAAUCCCUACGGAAACGCUAUAACCCAAUUUUUUAUUCACAUUCAGGUUCUUCAACAAUGGUAAAAGGCACUCUGUGGUUAAAUUCUGAAGAAACGAUAUUUUACUUCGAAUAUACGUUGCUUGGACGUCGUAAAAGACAAAAGAUUUUUAUCAAAGGUGAACUUUAGAGUACAAAUGAACUACUUAUGUA